AUGUACAGCUUCAUGGGUGGCGGCCUCUUCUGUGCAUGGGUGGGGACCAUCCUCCUGGUGGUGGCCACGGCAACAGACCACUGGAUGCAGUACCGGCUGUCAGGGUCCUUCGCUCACCAAGGCCUGUGGCGGUAUUGCCUGGGCCACAAGUGCUACCUGCAGACGGAGAGCAUUGCCUACUGGAAUGCCACCCGGGCCUUCAUGAUCCUGUCCGCUCUGUGCGCCACCUCGGGCAUCGUCAUGGGCAUCCUGGCCUUUGCGCAGCAGUCCGCCUUCACCCGCCUGUCGCGGCCCUUCUCCGCGGGCAUCAUGUUUUUUGCCUCCACCCUCUUCGUGCUGUUGGCCUUGGCCAUUUACACGGGAGUCACGGUCAGCUUCCUAGGCCGCCGCUUCGGGGACUGGCGCUUUUCCUGGUCUUACAUCCUGGGCUGGGUAGCCCUGCUCAUGACCUUCUUUGCAGGGAUUUUCUACAUGUGUGCCUACCGCAUGCAUGAGUGCCGGCGCCUGUCCACGCCCCGCUGAGCCCAACGUCAGCCCAGUUACAGUGAGGUCACUGGAGAGGAGGAGGGUCUGGAGGCCUGAAAUCCUGGUUCCUGGGGGGAUGUGGGGCUCAGUCCCAGACUCGGGGAAGGGGCCUCUGACUCCUGUGUCCUGAGGGGAAGGAAGAAGAACAGGGCCUGGCGACGGGCAGUGGAGGUGACCCAAUCCCCAA